AUGCCUCCUGUUACAGAGAUCUGCUUUGUACAAGAGGCUCCUGGGAGGGCAAGAGAGAGAGGGACCGAGAAUGUGGUCCGUAGCCACGUUGCUCGUUUCCGCUACCGGCGCCGGCGAGAUGCUGAUGUGCGAGCGUUCAAGAAGACCAAGGAAGAGGUCGAGGAUGUUAUAACGCAGGAAAAAACUACAUUAGCAAGGGAUAAGCCAGUAAAGGCUUCUAUACAGCCAUCUCUCCCGUACCAAGACAACUUGAUCCCUUACACGUUCCUCUCUGCCACAGGACCUGUAUUGAUGCUCCCCCGCACCUCUGCAUUAUUUUCUCGGCUGGCAUCGCGAGAUCCGAACAGCCCUGUUCUGUUCCCCCGCCAGUCAAUCUGGAUGCCCAAAGCCGCCCUCCCCGAGCCAUCAAAGAUCGAGAGCACAGUCCUCGGCGUGGAGCUCGUUGACUGGAUCAGCAACACGCCCAGCUGUUUCCAGUUUCGUCUCGAGACCAUCAAAUGGAUCCAGGGCCGCCUGGCGGACUCCGAGCUGGCUACCAAAGAUGAGACCCUUGGUGCGAUUAUAACGCUUACUAUGUGGGAAUCGUAUAGGGCCCAACUUAAACCCUCGGAUGUUGUAGCUCAUAUGAAUGGCCUGGAGCGAGUGGUUGACCUGCGCGGGGGACUAGACUCAAUGCCUCCAGUCCAGGCUGAAAAAAUUGCGCUAUUCGACCAUAUCAUUGCAGCCAUAACCCUCCAGCCGCCGCGCUUUCCCCUCCGCUGUCAGGCCGGCCCAGCCUCACCUUACAAGGCACGCCUCUAUAAUUCCCCCAUUUCCGGUUCCCUUCCCUUCUCCUCCUUUAUCAAAAACACCGGCGCCGACAAUGAGAUCUGCAUGCUUCUUGAGGCCCUCCGUGACCUUACCAAUACCACCAUCAGCGAUAUCCAGUUCUACGAGCUCCACAUCAACGUCGAGGUCUCGUGCACUACGGACUCAAUCUACAAGGCUCUUCACGCUGCAGGGCAGAUCUACGCCGCUGCCUUGUCCUCGCCGUCGUUUUUCACUUCCCCUUUCUCCCUACCUUGGCUGCAGAUCCUUAGCGCUAACAUGGACCGCACGAUCUGCGCGCCGUUCUGGCGUGAAAACCCAGGUGUGAGGCUGUGGGUGCUGCUGGUGGGCGCCACGGCUAGUGUUGCGAGGACAGAGAGAGGGUUCUUUAUGAUGUACCUAGCGCGGUAA